GACUCAGACGUUACAGAUAUUACUGUUACCCUGCGUGCCUGACAGGGAACAACGAAAAUUACCUGCUCAAGCUAAAAGAGCUAGUAUGAAAAGAGUACCUAUAUAUAAUAUAUAUAUAUAUUGUGCAAAAAUUCAAUUUUCAUGCCCUUAGGGGUAUGGUCUGGCUCCAUGGUAGUCUAGUCCUUUUUUGUCCCAUCCCCACCUGACGCUAAAGUUAAGUACCGCAUCGCACUGUAUUAUUAACAACCUCAAAACUCUCAACAAAGCAGUGCUUCUCGCUAUCCUGGCAGCCUAUCCCGCAAUGAAGAAAAUAGAGACUUUACUUCAAUUGCAAUCGGAACAACAAUCCAAUUGAGGUCGAUCACCCACAGAUUAUGGAGCACUCCAACCAAGCUAGAAUCCAAACUGUCCGUCCCCACAAUGUCCGUCAGCCCGUCAGCUGUGAACCCUGUCGUCGCCGCAAGAUUAAAUGCUCGCGCACUCGCGCCCCCUGUGAGACAUGUCGUCGACGAGGAUGUGCAAGCAGCUGUUUUUACACAGGUUCUAGGGACUACACGCAGUAUAAUAAUGAUUCUACGUUCAACAAGGAGCUUCUAGACCGUGUUGCUAGUCUGGAGAUGCAGCUUGAGAAGUAUUCUGAGGCUAAUAUUGAUGCGAGUUCAAAUGCAAUUGGCAAGCAGAAAGAAGACAGAGAUGCGCAAAAUACUAUACUCUCUCCGCCUGAAGAACCCACAGCUGCAACUCCACAAUACAAUGCGAUGCCUGAAUCCACAUCCUCGCGUUCGAUGAGCUCCCAGCUAGAGAAUUCGCCCCCUACCCCGCGAAAUAAGGGAGUCUUAACUGCCCUGCCUAAUGGGAAUGUACAUUACUCGCCCCAAAUUUCACAAUGGAACUCUGUACUUGUGAAUACUAAUCUUGCAAUUGAAUUGCCUUCUUUAGACGAUGUGGAUGAUUCUCCUCCUGCUGAUGUUGGAUUUCCAUUCUCCGCAUCCACGUCCUCGAUCUCAGUCGAUGGGUUGCUGUCGAUUUUGCCACCUACGCGUCAGUGCACGUAUUUGAAGGACAUGUACUUUUCGGUGUUGUCUCCUUUGUUCCACAUCCUACACGACCCAACAUUCCACUCCCAAUACCAGCAAUUUGUAGAGAAUCCAGCUUCGAAAUCGCCGUCCUGGCUAGCGAUCUUGUUCGUCUUACUGGCCUUGGCUGUGAAAACCCUAGACGACAAUGAUCCUAUCUUGCGCGACUUGGGACGUGGCGCAGAUUCGUCCGCGGAUAUACGAGCGUUGAUUUUGCUGGUCUAUGCGAUGAAUCAUAAUCAAGAACCGACUUGGACCAUUUUAGAUGCUGAUGCACGUUUAGGCACUACAUAUCAUGUAGCAAUUGCCCUAGGCUGCCACGUCGAUCCCUCAAUUCUCCAUCUCGACCUCAUCCAAAGCGAAGAGCAUCGUCGCUGCUGGGCCGGCCUAAUGAUGCUCUAUACCAUCCAAACUACCGCCCUCGGAAACACCGAUUCUUUCUGGACGUGCAAAAACACCGUCCGUUUCCCCGCCGACGUAAACGAUACCGACAUCACCCUCACAGAUAUCCAAACUCCUUCCCCCGGUCCAACCCAAAUGUCGUAUCUACUCUUCAAAUUCCAGCUAUAUGAUCUCGCCAGCGCUAUCUGUAGGGAAACAUUCACUUCAUCCAUACCCAGCGCGCGUACGAUUAAAGACCUCGACGCACAGAUUUGUGCUGCGCAAGAACUUUGGGAUAAGCGCUACGCAUCGCAUUCGUCACAAGCGCCAGUUCCCACACACCACGUUGUACAUUUGCAUAUUCUGUACGGGUAUUCGCACCAGCUUUUUCUGUUGCUGCACCGGCCUUUUUUUGCACAAUCUUUGCAGGGGCUUGACCUAGAAGCGCCUAACGACUCCCAGGUUCGGUGCCUGGCAAGUGCCGAGGCCCUCCUAGACAUUCACCGCACAUUGGUAGAGACUCCCGCAAACAGGCCAUAUAUGUGGUACACGCGAGGCCUGGGCAGCUUCCAUGCAUUUCAUGCGGCAGUGGUGCUGGCGGUGGCGCUGUUGAUGCCAGCUUAUAGAGCGCAGUAUGAGAGGUUCAAAGAAAUGCUAGAGGGAGCGUUGGCAAGGUUUGUGGGAAUGAGUGCGAGGAGUCGUGUAUGUGAGAGAGGAGCGAGGAUCCUGGAGUUCUUGUUGGCAAUGCCGUCCCCGAAUCGAAUACCAAUAGAAGUAGUGCAAGAACAGGAGUGGAUUUCAACCCGCUUGAGAGGGUUUGCGACGAAGUUGCAGGCUGAAAAGUGGCUGGGACCAGAGAGUAUGGAUUGGGAUGGAUGGGGUGAACUUAUGACGGAUGUAGUAGUCGUGGAAUGAAGUUUAUGCUUAUAGUACCAUAAGAAGUCUAUUCAAAAGGAAACAACAUGUCAUCUGGAUUCUCGGACCCAAUUGCAAUCUGGAGCGAGAAGUCGGACAGAAGAAGAAAGAACUAGAAUAAAGUCAGUGAUGAAUUGAGGUUUCAUUAACA